AUGGCUCCCUCUCUGGUGUGGAAGAGCUCAGGCAAAGAUGAAGAUCAGUGUGUGGGUGAACAUUUUCUCUGGGCGACAGAGAUCAGAGGUGCUAAUCCAGUGGACGUCCUAAAAGUGUUGCAGCUGCAGAACCAACCGGAAGGGGUGCGCAAGACGACCGGGUUCUGUCCCAAGAGGCGGUCGGGAUCGGGGCCAGAUGUGGCCUACCGGAUAUCGAGGCAGGCCCAGAUCAGCGCCCCCACACGGCAGCUCUUCCCAGGAGGUAAAUUCCCAGAGGACUUCUCCAUCAUGGCGCUGGUGAAACCCAAGUCCGGCCUGCAGGCCUUCUUGCUCUCCGUCUACAACCAGCACGGCACCCAGCAGCUGGGCGUGGAGCUGGGCCGCUCGCCCGUCUUCCUCUACGAGGACCACAGUGGCCGCCCGGCCCCCGAGGACUACCCUAUCUUCCGAGGCGUCAACCUGGCCGAUGGCAAGUGGCACCGAGUGGCGCUGAGUGUGAGCAAGAAGCAGGUGACACUCUUCCUGGACUGCAAGAAGAAGAUGUCGCGGCCGCUGCCCCGCGGCGGCCAGCCGGUCAUCGACACCCGCGGCAUCACCGUCUUUGGCACCCGCCUCCUGGACGAAGAGGUCUUUGAGGGCGACAUCCAGCAGCUACUGAUCUCUACCAGCCCCCAGGCCGCCUACGACUACUGCGAGCACCACAGCCCCGACUGCGACGCUGCUGCCCACAAACCCCAAGCUCAGGAGGCCCAGCAGAGGCCCAGCAGGCCCCAGUACUCUGUUGAGGACGCGGAGGACUAUUACGGGUACACCUACUAUUACGGCCCUAGGCAGGACGGGACGGAUUCUCCCCUGGUGCCGCCGGGGGGAGCCAGUGAGCAGAAAGCAGCCAAGGCCAGGACCCCCGCCAAACCCAAACCGAAGCAGCCCCAGAAGCGCCAGCUGAUGGGCACGUCGCCCAGCUAUGCCAAGACGGGGACCAAAAAUGGGAAGUACCCCAGUAACUCGAAAUAUCCUGGCAACGGGAAGUCCCCCAACAACGGGAAGUAUCCCGGCAACGGGAAGUCCCCCUCUGGCAAUGGGAAGUCCUACAGUGGGGGCGGCGGCAGCACCACCAAGGCGACUUCCGGGGGCAAAUCCUCAGCCACGAAAAACUCCCUGGGCAAAAGCGGGAACCAGGCCUACGCUGGCGCUGGCGGCGUCCGGAAGCAGGGCAACAGCUACCAGCAGGCAGUGCGAGGAGCCCGCGGCUACAAAGGAGAGAAGGGGGAACCGGCGGUCAUCGAACCGGGGAUGUUGGUGGAAGGGCCCCCUGGCCCUGAAGGACCUCCGGGCAUCAGCGGGCCGCCGGGCACCCAGGGCCCACCUGGGCCUCCUGGCGACUCUGGCGAGAGGGGCUCCCCUGGCCGUCCUGGUCUCCCUGGCUCAGAUGGUGUUCCCGGACCCCCCGGCACCUCCAUGAUGCUUCCGUUCCGCUUUGGGAGCAGCGGAGGGGACAAGGGGCCCGUGGUGUCCGCCCAGGAAGCCCAAGCUCAGGCCAUCUUGCAGCAAGCCCGCCUAGCCUUGCGCGGCCCCCCAGGACCGAUGGGAUAUACUGGCCGUACUGGACCCUUGGGGCAACCCGGCAGCUCUGGCUUAAAGGGGGAAGCUGGAGACUUUGGUCCCCAGGGACCGCGGGGAGCCCCGGGGCUAACCGGACCGCCAGGGAAAUCAGGCCGCCGGGGUCGUGCUGGAGCUGAUGGGGCCCGGGGCAUGCCCGGAGAGUCUGGCGCCAAGGGCGACCGUGGCUUUGACGGACUCCCAGGCCUGCCGGGGGAAAAGGGACAUCGGGGUGACACCGGCUCCCAGGGCGUCCCUGGGCCCCACGGCGAAGACGGUGAGAGGGGAGACGAUGGAGAAGUGGGACCUCGUGGGCUUCCUGGAGAGCCGGGACCCCGAGGUUUGCUCGGCCCCAAAGGGCCCCCAGGGAUCGCAGGCCCACCGGGCGUGCGUGGCAUGGACGGGCCCCACGGGCCGAAGGGGAACCUGGGACCACAAGGGGAGCCAGGCCCCCCCGGCCAGCAGGGAACCCCAGGGACGCAGGGACUGCCAGGACCGCAAGGGGCCAUGGGGCCUACAGGGGAAAAGGGCCCCACAGGGAAACCCGGCCUGCCAGGAAUGCCAGGCUUGGAUGGACCCCCGGGCCACCCUGGGAAAGAGGGUCACCCUGGAACCAAAGGAAACCAGGGCCCUUCUGGUCCUCAAGGUACGAUUGGCUACCCAGGCCCUCGUGGUGCAAAGGGAGUUGACGGCAUCCGUGGCUUGAAAGGGCACAAAGGGGAGAAGGGAGAAGAAGGAUUUCCUGGCUUCAAGGGGGAUGUGGGGGUGAAAGGUGACCGGGGGGAAGUCGGGGUCCCGGGGUCCCGAGGCGAGGACGGCCCGGAGGGUUCCAAAGGUCGGACGGGCCCCCCCGGAGAUCUGGGCCCCCUCGGGCUUGUCGGAGAGAAGGGGAAGCUGGGCGUUCCGGGCCUGCCAGGCUACCCGGGGAGGCAGGGCCCCAAGGGCUCACAAGGCUUCCCCGGAUUUCCUGGGACAAAUGGCGAGAAAGGAGGACGGGGUCUCUCCGGGAAGGCCGGGCCCCGAGGCGAGCGGGGGCCCACAGGCCCCAGAGGUCAGCGUGGGCCACGAGGAGCCACGGGGAAACCUGGAGCAAAGGGCACCUCCGGCAGUGAAGGACCGUCUGGACCUAAUGGGGAGCGGGGGCUGCCGGGACCGCAAGGGCCAAACGGGUUCCCUGGACCAAAAGGACCCCCGGGUCCCCCCGGGAAAGAUGGGCUGCCAGGCCACCCCGGACAGCGUGGAGAAGUGGGCUUCCAAGGCAAGACCGGCACCACCGGACCUCCAGGAGUGGUGGGACCUCAGGGAUCUGCGGGAGAAACGGGGCAGAUGGGGGAGAGAGGGCACCCGGGCCCACCUGGGCCGCCCGGAGAGCAGGGCCUGCCCGGACCGUCCGGCAAAGAAGGCACGAAGGGGGACCCUGGCCCUGUCGGGGCCCUAGGAAAGGACGGCCCAGCGGGACUGCGAGGUUUCCCUGGAGAGCGUGGCCUACCUGGGACUCCCGGCGGUGGUGGUUUGAAAGGCAACGAGGGACCAGCUGGCCCCCCAGGACCUGCUGGGUCUCCGGGGGAGAGGGGAGGGCCUGGGUCUGGAGGCCCCAUCGGACCCCCAGGAAGGCCCGGGCCUCAAGGACCGCCUGGCCCUGCUGGGGAGAAGGGUGUGCCCGGCGAGAAAGGUCCCCUCGGCCCUUCUGGCCGUGACGGAGUCCAGGGUCCCGUUGGCCUGCCUGGUCCAGCAGGACCCCCGGGGGGCCCGGGCGAGGACGGUGACAAGGGCGAAGUGGGCGAUCCAGGGCAGAAGGGGGCGAAGGGCGGCAAAGGGGAGCACGGGCCACCUGGCCCACCGGGCCCGUUGGGAGGAGUCGGACAACCGGGAGCUGCCGGUGCCGAUGGGGAGCCCGGAGCGAGAGGUCUCCAAGGCCACUUUGGGGCCAAAGGGGACGAGGGAACGCGCGGCUUCAACGGCCCCCCUGGGCCCAUCGGUCUGCAGGGCCUGCCCGGACCAUCUGGGGAGAAGGGCGAGACCGGAGACGUGGGGCCAAUGGGCCCCCCCGGACCUCCAGGGCCGCGAGGCCCCGCUGGACCCUCGGGAGCGGAUGGUCCACAAGGGCCCCCCGGAGGUGUGGGAAACCUUGGCCCCCCAGGACAGAAGGGUGAGUCGGGGGAACAAGGGGGACCCGGAGUCCCUGGGGAGCCAGGCGGGAAGGGCCCCCGGGGUGAAAGAGGCGAGAAAGGAGAAGAGGGGGCCGCUGGUGAGCCCGGGCCCCCCGGCAGGAAAGGCCCUGUCGGGGAUGAUGGGCCCAAGGGGAACCCCGGUCCAGUCGGUUUCCCAGGAGAUCCUGGCCCCCCAGGUGAAAUGGGACCCCGGGGCCAAGAUGGAGCCAAAGGCGAACGGGGAGAAGACGGAGAACCAGGAGAGGCGGGUUCUCCAGGUCCAACCGGUGAGAACGGCCCUCCCGGCCCUCCAGGGAAGAGGGGUCCAGCUGGAUCUCCUGGCCCCGAGGGACGCCAGGGAGGGAAAGGCGCCAAGGGAGAAACGGGUGCCCUGGGACCUCCUGGGAAGACGGGACCAGUGGGCCCUCAGGGGACACCUGGGAAGCCUGGAUCAGACGGUUUGAGGGGCAUCCCCGGAUCAGUGGGUGCGCAAGGCAAACCAGGAGCCACAGGGCAGGCUGGGCCCCCAGGACCACUGGGCCCUCCCGGCUUGCCUGGGCUGAGAGGUGAUUCUGGAGCCAAAGGAGAGAAGGGACAUCCUGGUCUCAUCGGCCUGAUCGGACCCCCGGGAGAGCAGGGAGAGAAGGGGGACCGGGGCCUGCCUGGCCCACAAGGCAACAAGGGCCCCAAAGGAGAGUCCGGCAUCCCUGGGCCAACUGGCCCCCUCGGCCCCGCAGGGCCCCCCGGACUUCCCGGCCCAGAUGGCCCCCCAGGUCCCAAGGGAGCUACGGGUCAAGCAGGUCCCAAAGGUCAGCGUGGAAUACCUGGACCCCCCGGACACCCGGGGCCCCCCGGCGAAGUGAUCCAGCCCCUGCCCAUCCAGAGGCCCAAGAAGAACAAGCGGUCCAUCGACGGCAGCCAGGUCCUCCCGCAGGAGGAGAUGGCAUCCGACACGGCCGGCCGCUCGCCCUCGGAGGGCAUGGAGGAGAUCUACGGCUCCCUCAACUCCCUGCGGCAAGAAAUCGAGCAAAUGAGGAAGCCGCUGGGCACACCAGACAGCCCUGGCCGCACCUGCCAGGACCUGCAGCUCUGCCACCCGGAGCUGCCCGAUGGCGAAUAUUGGAUCGACCCCAACCAGGGCUGCUCACGGGACUCCUUCAAGGUCUACUGUAACUUCACUGCAGGGGGCGAGACGUGCGUCUUCCCCAGCCAGGCGACUCAGGAGGUUAAGAUGUCCACGUGGGAGCAGGAGACCCCCCAAAGCUGGUUCAGCCAGUUCCGGAAAGGCAGCCAGUUCUCCUAUGUGGACGCCGACGGCAACCCCCUGGGUGUGGUCCAGCUGACCUUCCUGCGGCUGCUCAGCGUCUCGGCCCGGCAGAACUUCACCUACCACUGCCAGCGCUCGGUGGCGUGGCACAGCCGCGGCCCGGCCCCCGGGGGCUACCAGCACGCCCUGCGCUUCCUGGGCGCCAACGAGGAGGACAUGAGCUACGACAACAGCCCCUACAUCAAGGCCCUUGCGGACGGCUGCGCGCUGCGGAAAGGGUCCGGGCAGACGUUGCUGGAGGUGAACACGCCCCGCGUGGAGCAGCUCCCCCUGCAGGACGUGCGGGUGAUGGACUUUGGGGAGCCCAACCAGAGGUUCGGUUUUGAGGUGGGACCUGUGUGUUUCCUCGGCUAG